AUGAACAUUUUAAAAGGUGAAAAUACUUCAGAGACAAUUCCGGAAUUUACAGUUCCUAAAUUAAAUUUUAAUGCUUAUGAAUAUACCGAUCUAAUAAACUGGAUGGAUAUUGAGGUUACACCACCUCCUGUCUUAGCGAAAAACACCGAUGAAGACCUUAAAUUAUUUAUCGAGAAUAAAACUUUGGAGUUUUCUCGUUUUCCAUCUCACACUCAAGCAGUCGAAAGAAGUGUGAAACUAGUAACUGAGGCAUCUAGUUGUGUGAUAGGCGAGAAGUCACGCGAUGGAUUUAUUCACAUAAGAGUUAAAUCAAGUGAAAUUAUGCCUUAUUUCCUCACAAAGCUAAAUAUAAAGUGGCUUAAAAUAUGGUCUAAGAUAUUUGAAGGAUGCACGGGAAUAACGAUCAAAGUCCAAGUUUAA